AUUUCCGGUUUGUGACUGCCGUCCUCUUGACGUUCACGACGUGAAAACAAGGCGACUGAGGUUGUGAGGAAAACAUCAACAUGGAGUGGAAACAGGAGUGUGACUUACUCCUGUUGCAAGAAAUAGUUGUCUCAGAGCCUUUCAGGUUCAAAACGUCAACAAGAGAGAGAGGGAAAGUGUGGGAAGAGAUUACCAAAAGGUUGAAUGGAAACAAAGUCUUUCGGAAUCGCCUCAGAAGUAAAAGGGCUGUUAGAGAUAGAUACCCACUGCUGGCUACGAAAUACAAGUAAAAGAUGACAGAAGAGGCAAAAGCAAGAGGAAUAUCACCUGAAUUGACAGAAACAGAUAAGCUAUUGGAACAAAUCAUUGAAAUGUUUGAAGAAAUUCACAAUGAGGGUGGAGAAAAUUCACAACAGGUCAAGGUAAAUAAGGAGAAUGAAAGGAAAAAGGCAGAGGAAAUGAGAUAUCGGUCAAUGGAAAAGCUGGGAGAGACACUGGAAAGGAAGGCAACUGACAAUGGUCAAGUUACCCCCAAGAGGAGAGGGUCAGGAACAGAAACCCUUGUUUACUUGAGGGACAAAGCUGAAAAGCAGUUUGAACUCAGAAAAGAAGAGGUGGAGGUGAAGAAGAAAGAAUUAUCUCAACAAAUGCAGAUGUUUCAAGCUAUGCAACAGCAACUGCAGCAACAGCAACAGCAGCAACAACAAAUGCAAGUACACAUUCAGCAGCAGCAGCUGCAAAUCAAAUGCUGGUGGCACUAAUUGAGAGAAUUACUAAAUAAAUCAUUUGUAUACUUGGUAAAGAAAAUUGAGCACAUAUUUUCAUAAGUGUUAUUCCAGUAACAUAUUUUGAUGUUUUGUCUUUGAACUUUUGUCCUUCUA